GAGGACUCUGUUUGAGCAUGCGCAUUACCCUGUCAGCAUGGAAGAGGAAGUUUAGUUCCAGAAACACCUGAGCAGAACAUGUCUCCUAUUCAAACCGCUACGGAGUGUUGACAGUGAAAGGUGAAAGUGAAAACCAGAGUUCAAUGGCAAUGAUCUCAGCUACUGAUCUGGAGCAGCUGGCUGAAAUAGAGCUGCAGAAGGAGGAAGAUGAGGAACAGGGUCGUCACAGCUACCGUCCGGAUCGCCCUCCACCCCCACGUAGAGUCAGCUUCAGCCAGGACACCUCUCACCCCUACUACGAUGUGGCUCGACACGGGAUCCUCCAGGUCACAGGUGAUGAUAACUACGGCAGGAAGCUAGUUAUCUUCAGUAGCUGCCUGAUGCCCCCCUCCCAUCAGCUCAACCACCACCACCUACUGCAGUAUCUGAUGUACACUCUGGACCAGUGUGAGAGUGAUUAUACGGUAGUGUACUUCCACCAUGGUCUCCGCAGCAACAACAAGCCCUCACUACACUGGCUACGAAACGCAUACAGAGAAUUUGACAGGAAGUACAAGAAGAACCUGAAAGCCCUCUAUGUCGUCCAUCCUACUAACUUUAUCAGAAUCAUCUGGAAUAUAUUCCAACCACUCAUCAGUCACAAGUUUGGUAAGAAGCUGACCUAUGUGAACUACCUGGCUGAGCUCAGAGAUCACCUGAGCUGGGAUCAGCUCAUCAUCCCACCUGAUGUCCUCAGGCAUGACGAGAGGCUGCAGGCGGCCCAGAAGGGAGGUCCGCACCCCUCAUCUAAGACUCCUCCCCCCAGACCUCCCCUGCCCACUCAGCAGUUUGGAGUCAGCCUGCAAUAUAUUGGUGAGAAGAACCAGGGUGUUAUGAUCCCUCCUGUGAUGUCCCAGACUGUGUCUUAUCUCAAAGACAAAGGCCUCCAGACAGAAGGUAUGUUCAGGAGGUCCGCUCGUGUUCAGCUCAUCAAGGACGUCCAGAAGCUCUACAACCAGGGGAAGCCAGUGGUGUUUGAGCAGUAUGGAGACAUCCAUGUGCCUGCUGUCAUCCUGAAGACCUUCCUCAGAGAGCUUCCUGAACCCCUGCUCACCUUCGCCCUCUACCACCAGAUACAGGACAUCGUCCGAGUGGAGAGCAGCCUACGAGUGACCACCUGUAAACACAUCCUAGAGAGUCUACCAGAACACAACUACAUGGUGUUGAAGUACCUGCUCUGUUUCCUGAACAUGGUCUCUCAGCAGAGUAUCGUCAACAAGAUGUCUCCCUCCAACCUGGCUUGUGUGUUUGGUGUCAAUCUGUCCUGGCCUUCUCAGGGUUCUGUCUCUCUGACAUCUCUAACGCCGCUCAACAUCUUCACUGAGAUCCUUAUAGAACAUUAUCAUACAGUCUUCAGCUCCCGCUGCCCACAAGCAGAGGUACUGCCCUGAUACCUGCCCUGAUACCAGCCCUGAUACCAGCCCUGGUACCUGCCCUGGUACCAGCCCUGAUACCAGCCCUGAUACCUGCCCCUGAUACCUGCCCCUGAUACCAGCCCUGAUACCAGCCCCAGAUACCUGCCCCAGAUACCUGCCCCAGAUACCUGCCCUGAUACCAGCCCUGAUACCUGCCCUGGUGCCAGCCCUGAUACCAGCCCUGAUACCUGCCCUGAUACCCGCCCUGAUACCAGCCCCUGAUACCAGCCCUGAUACCUGCCCUGAUACCAGCCCUGAUACCAGCCCUGAUACCUGCCCUGAUACCAGCCCUGAUACCUGCCCUGAUACCUGCCCUGAUACCUGCCCUGAUACCUGCCCUGAUACCUGCCCUGAUACCUGCCCUGAUACCCGCCCUGAUACCUGCCCUGAUACCAGGCACAGCCAACCACCGCACGGACAGGCUCCACUACACAGCCAACCACCCCACGGACAGGCUCCACUACACAGCCAACCACCCCACAGACAGGCUCCACUACACAGCCAACCACCCCACAGACAGGCUCCACUACACAGCCAACCACCGCACGGACAGGCUCCACUACACAGCCAACCACCCCACAGACAGGCUCCACUACACAGCCAACCACCCCACAGACAGGCUCCACUACACAGCCAACCACCCCACAGACAGGCUCCACUACACAGCCAACCACCCCACAGACAGGCUCCACUACACAGCCAACCACCGCACAGACAGGCUCCACUACACAGCCAACCACCCCACAGACAGGCUCCACUACACAGCCAACCACCCCACGGACAGGCUCCACUACACAGCCAACCACCCCACAGACAGGCUCCACUACACAGCCAACCACCCCACGGACAGGCUCCACUACACAGCCAACCACCCCACAGACAGGCUCCACUACACAGCCAGACACCUUGCUACUCAACCCAACAAAACGGACACCCUGUGAUGACCUGUUUUGAAGAAUGUCCCGACCACCUGUUGCUCCUGAGACAAGAUGGCUCCCAGAAUCAGUUCCUUUUCCUUUCUCCCGUGACAUAAUCCAGUUUGUUUUGCUACAUUACUGACUGACAUGUUGUUGCAGUGUCAUGUACACAUUUAAAGUGGCGGUUAAAUAAAAAAACAACAACAUUGACAACUUUCAUAACAGUUACAUACCAAUAUAUAUUUUUAAU